GCUUUUGGGCAGCAGUAAGCUUGCUAGCAGGCGCGGGGUUGGUGGUGGCAGCGGCAGCGGCAGAGGCGGCGGCGGCGGUGGCGGCGGCAUAUCGAGGGGCGGGGGGGCCGCGGGCGCGCGUCUGUUUGUGAGAUCAAUCCCGAGCCGCGUCCGACCCCCGCGGGCCCAGAGCCCCCUAGUCCUGCCCCCACCGCGCACACACGCUCCCCCCCCACGACCCAGCCUCACACCGCAUCAGCUGAAGCCCCCGAGGAUCCCCCCCCCUUUGCCCUCUUUCCCACCCACCCCCAAAAAGAGAAGAUCCCCUCCCCUGGCCCAUCCCUUCCCCUCUAUCCUCCCCCUCCCCCCCCAACUUUCUCUCUCGCAUGCUUCUCCCCUGCACCACGGAUCGCCUCUCGGAUGCCGCUCGCCUGGAGGCUGCGUUAGGAGCGAGCCGCGGUGGUGGCGGCGGCGGCAGCUCUGGAGUGCUAUGACCGGCAAACUCGCCGAGAAGCUGCCGGUGACCAUGAGCAGUUUGCUCAACCAACUGCCUGACAAUCUGUACCCCGAAGAGAUCCCCAGCGCGCUCAACCUCUUCUCCGGCAGCAGCGACUCGGUGGCCCAUUACAAUCAGAUGGCUACAGAGAAUGUGAUGGACAUCGGUCUGGCCAACGAGAAGCCCAACCCGGAACUCUCUUACUCUGGCUCCUUCCAGCCCGCCCCAGGCAACAAGACCGUGACCUACUUGGGAAAGUUCGCCUUCGACUCCCCUUCCAACUGGUGCCAGGACAACAUCAUCAGCCUCAUGAGCGCCGGCAUUCUAGGGGUGCCCCCGGCCUCUGGGGCGCUCAGCACCCAGACCUCCACCGCCAGCAUGGUGCAGCCACCUCAGGGCGACGUGGAGGCCAUGUACCCCACGCUGCCCCCCUACUCUAACUGCAGCGACCUAUACUCGGAGCCGGUGUCUUUCCACGACCCCCAGGGCAACCCGGGGCUCACCUACUCCCCCCAGGAUUACCAAUCGGCCAAGCCCGCCCUGGACAGCAACCUCUUCCCCAUGAUCCCCGACUACAACCUCUAUCACCACCCCAACGACAUGGGCUCCAUCCCCGAGCACAAGCCCUUCCAGGGCAUGGACCCCAUCCGAGUCAACCCGCCCCCCAUCACCCCUUUGGAGACCAUCAAGGCGUUUAAAGACAAGCAGAUCCACCCGGGCUUCGGCAGCCUGCCCCAGCCGCCGCUCACGCUCAAGCCCAUCCGGCCCCGCAAAUACCCCAACCGGCCCAGCAAGACCCCGCUGCACGAGCGGCCCCACGCCUGCCCGGCCGAGGGCUGCGAUCGCCGCUUCAGCCGUUCGGACGAGCUGACCCGGCACCUGCGCAUCCACACGGGCCACAAGCCCUUCCAGUGCCGGAUCUGCAUGCGGAGCUUCAGCCGCAGCGACCACCUCACCACGCACAUCCGCACGCACACGGGAGAGAAGCCCUUCGCCUGCGAGUUUUGCGGCCGCAAGUUUGCGCGCAGCGACGAGCGCAAGCGCCAUGCCAAAAUCCACCUUAAGCAGAAGGAGAAGAAGGCGGAGAAGGGGAGCGCGCCGUCGGCGUCCUCGGCGCCCCCCGUGUCCCUGGCCCCCGUGGUCACCACCUGCGCCUGAGGCCCGGGUCCCAGCUCCCCACUUUUCCCUCCGGUGACCCCGGCCGCUCGCCUGGAAGCGGCGGGAGAGCUCGCCGGAGGCGCGGGGGCCGGAGUAUGGCCCCUUCAUGGACGUGAGGCCCCUUGUUCUCUCUGUGCCCCCGUGUCCACCCUUUCCCGCUGGCCAGUGGUAGGGGUCCCGGGCGUGAGGGUGCCCUUCAUUCACCCGCCCCCAACCCGGCCGGGGGCGGACAGGCGGCGGUUGACCCUCUUUGUUCACUGCGGAUUGCCUGGAUCCCGGGCCGCCGGGUCGCGCCCAGGACGUGCAGGGGCGCUGGAGGCGGGGCCCGCGCGGAUGCGUGCACCCCCCCCCCGCAACUGCCUGCUGCCCUUCGCGCCCCGCCCUCGGCUCCCCCUUCGAGGACCUGAGGGGGGAGGAUACGGAGCGCCCGCGGCACGCACGCGCGCCUACGUGUGGGGUGCGCGGGCUGCGUGCUCGCCGGGUGCAUUGUGCGUGUGCGCGCGGGUGUGUGCGCGUGCGUGUGUGUACGUGUGUGAGAUUGUGGCUGAUCUGGGCUGUGUGUCCACCCCCGAGUCUCCAGGGACCCCGAGCCACCCGGGAGCGUCCCAGGCUGGGGCUGCCCGGCCCGACGAGAUGGGCUUCCAUCUGCUCCAAAACCACGUUGCUCUCUCAGAACAGCCUGGGCCGCGCGCUGCUUCCGCCGCUUCGGGUCUCUUCCCACCACCCCACCCCCCAGACCCCAUCCCCACCUCCCAACCCCUACUCCUUCCCCUUCAGAGGCCUCAGGGCAGUCUGACCGCUGGGAGAAGCAGCAGCCAUCACCCAACCUGCCUCUUAGAAACCGGCUUCUCCUCAGCCCCACUGUUUCCCAGUCAGCCCUCACCUUCCCUCUCCCCUCUCAGCCUUCCCCGGUGUCUUAAUCCCCUAUUUCAGGUGUCUUAAUCCCCUAUUUCGAGAAAGGCAAGGCCUCAACUAGCCACCUUAUUUCACUCAUUUUAAUUUUUGUCUCCUUCUCAUCACUGAUGGGAAAGUAGGAUCUGAUUUUGCUCUAUGUCAUCCAAGACAACAGGCAGACUUCAACUCUAUAUAAAUGGUGUGUGUGUGUGUGUGUGUAUGUAUGUACAUAUGUGUAUAUAUACUUAUAUAUACAUAUGUGUAUAAGAUGCACACUGAGUGUAUUCCUGGCAAAAUGAAGUGACCAAGAUCAUUUGACUAUCCAGUGCAAUGCAUCGGAAUAAAGAGAAUGUGUAGGCAUAUACACUUUAAAUUGAAGUGUCUACGUAUCUGUAUGCAGACACAUAUGUGUGUAUAUGCCAUGUAGUUAACGGUGUGUGCAUGCUGGGUGUACAUACUAUGCAUACAUAUACACAUAUGCACAUCUGUGCCCAAAUUAUUCCCCAAAUAUGGGGCUUUUAGCAUUAAUCCAUGUUGAUGAAUGAGGCACAUUUUUCCACUCCCCAGUCUCACCUUCUCCCUGCCCUACCUCACGUCUUCUCAGGCAGCCCCUUCUCCCCAGCCCUUCUCUACACAGGGGUGAGUCUUUGCAAGUGGAGCAGUAGGGAAGGAUGCUCUGGGACACAGCUUCCAGCACAGCCUAGACUGAAUGUACUGUUCCCUCAUAGCGUUAUUUCUUCUGUGGUCAGUGAGCUGCCCAGAGAUUAGGAACAAAGGUCUGGAGUUUACAGAAUGUCUGUUUUUAAAAGUCACUUUAUGCAUUUCCCACCUUUUUUAAAGAAAAAGAAAAAAACACCUUUAUGGGUUUUGUUUUUGAUUUUUGUUUUGUUUUAGGUGGUGGAUAGAUAAUACUAAAAGGAGCCUAGCAAAAGGGGGGGUGGUAAUCAAAGAGCAGAGGGACUGUGGAUUUACAGGUACUUGGGCUUUUUUUUUUAGGCAAGAGAAGAUGAAGUUUGCCAGGAGGGCCCAUAUUUUUUUCAGCUGAAGGGUAAAAUCUUUCUUUGCAGAGACAGUAUUUUGCUGAAUACUUUUUAUAAUGUGAUUAUUUAAAAAAAAUUUUUUGGUCACUUCAAAACUAGGAGGAGAAAUCAGAUAUCCUUUAAUAUUUUCCCUGGCUCCUUCUGGUUUAUGCAUGUCACUGCAUGGUAACUCUGAGUUUUCCUUUGUUUUAAUAAAACUGUUCUCUGACAUUUAAGCUAAACUAAGAUAAAAAAUAAUAACUUUGUUGCCAAAAGGUUGUGCUAUCCAGAUUUUUAUAUGUCUGCAUGAUUAAAAAAAAAAAGAAAGAAAAUGCACUCUAACUUAUGUGAACUGAAAGAAAACAAAAUCGGGUUUAAACAGGAAAACCUACGGGGAAUGAUAUUUUUUGAAAGACUUUUGUAUAAAGUUGAGCACUUAGAAAAAGACAAACCAGAUGUAAUAUAUUUUGUGGAUGUUUUUAUUUCUUGGAUUUAUAGUACCUUAUACUAAGGUUAAAAAAUAUGCUUGAUAUUGUGAAAAGGUGAAAUUCUUCACCAACAUUUCAUUUGCUCUUUUGUCACAUUGUUAUGCCAAUAUAAUAUAGUUAAUGAAAACAGCAUUUUUAAAAACAAAUAUUGAAAUGGUGUAAUGUUGUACCAUUUGCACUGUGAGCAAAUGCUAAUACAGUAAAUAUAUUGUGUUUGCUGACAAUCAGCUGGCCUAUCAAGCUCCUUAUUUUAUUUCUUGUUUUCAUAGCAUAAAGUUUUUGGUUUUGGCCUGUU